AUACCCGUGGACUAACUUUGAAGACGGCGCAUAUAUUUUUUUGAAUGCCACUCAACGUUAAUGGACGAAACCGAGCAAAUCUUUCGACAUUUUCUGUAAAAUUCACAAACUCUGAUCCAGUAUGAAUUUGGGUGAAUACACAUAUUCGAAGUUUUGAAUUUCUGGGAAGAAAAAAAUGGCAAUUAGGUCACUUCUUCGUUGCAGAAGUGUACAUUAUUUCUCCCAAACACUCUUCCAUUGCUAUCUUCCUCCACCCAAAAGCACCCAAUAUCUCCCUUCUUCUUCAUUGUUGGCUUAUCUUCCCACCUGUAACGGCGUUAACGGCUAUCAGUUCAUAUCCUCUUUUACUGAUACAGGAACAAAACAGGAACCUGAAAACUCAGACCCAAAUUCUCCACACCUGGUGAAUGAGAUUUCUCGAAUUCUUAGCGAUUACAGAAGCCCACACCACGACAUUGAGUCUGCCCUCAAUCCAUUUUCCACCAAUAUUUCAACGCAAAUAGUUGAACAAGUCCUCAAACGUUGCAAAAAUCUAGGAUUCUCAGCACACAGGUUCUUCAUAUGGGCACAAAAGUUAUCAGGUUUUCGCCAUAGUAUAGAAAGCUUUCACAUUCUUGUUGAUAUAUUAGGAAGUAGUAAACAGUUUCCAUUGAUAUGGGACUUCCUUGUUGAGAUGAGAAUGAAUAAAUCUUGUGAAAUUACUCCUGAAAUUUUCUGGCUUGUUUUCAGAGGUUAUAGUAGAGCAAAUUUGCCAGCUGAUGCAAUUAGGGCUUUUAAUAAAAUGGUAGAUUUUGGGAUUAAACCGAGUUUAGCUGAUCUUGAUAAGCUUUUACUUGCACUAUGUAAAAGAAAGCAUAUAAAGCAAGCGCAAGAGUUUUUCGAUAAAGUGAAGGAUGAUUUCAUGCCAAGUGUUAAAACUUACAGUAUUUUGAUUAGGGGAUGGGGAGAAUUGGGUGAAGUUGAAAAUGCACAAAAGCUGUUUGAUGAAAUGCUUGAAAGAGGCUGUUCAGUUGAUUUGCUAGCUUAUAAUAGUAUUUUGGACUCACUAUCCAAGGCUGGUAAGAUGGAUGAGGCUGUCAACUUCUUCAUGAAGAUGAAGUCUAUUGGAUUGAUACCUGAUGCUUUUACUUAUUCAAUUUUCAUUCAUGGUUAUUGCGCGGUGAAUGAUAUUCAUUCAGUUUUCAGGGUCCUUGACCAGAUGAGACGGUACAAACUUGUGCCUAAUGUAUUUACGUAUAACUGUAUCAUCAAAAAGCUUUGUAAGACUAACAAGGUUGAUGAGGCUUACCAACUGAUAGAUGAGAUGAUUAGCGGAGGGGUAAGACCUGAUUGUUGGAGUUACAAUACAAUCCUAGCUUCUCAUUGUGAUCACAAUGAAGUUAACUUGGCACUUAGGCUGAUUUCUAGAAUGGAAAAGAACGACUGCCUACCAGAUAAACAUACAUAUAAUAUGUUGCUCAAGAUGCUUAUUAGGGUGGGUAGGUUUGAUAGAGUUGAGAAAGUUUGGGAGAGCAUGGAAGACAGGAAAUUUUAUCCUUCAGUCUCGACGUAUGCUGUCAUGGUGCAUGGUCUCUGUCAGAAGAAAGGCAAACUUGAGGAAGCAUGUAAAUAUUUUGAAAUGAUGAUAGAUGAAGGCAUUCCACCAUAUACAACGACAUGUGAAAUAUUGAGAAAUAGACUAAUAGGUCAUGGAUUUGCAGAGCAGAUCGAGAUACUUGCAGAUAAGAUGGAAAGAAGUACAUCUAGUUUAAUUCAAGAACUAGCAAACGUAAUGAAAGGUGAUAAGGCCUGCGAGAAAUUGAAACAUGAUGAAGAAUACUCGGAUGAAAGUUUUGAGUGAAAGAAUCUAAGGUGUUAGAAUAGUCUCAAUUCCUUGGUCAAGGUGAUACCUAUCUUAUCGCAUGUCGUUUAUUGGUCAUCGGAGUCUUGAAAUUUCUUCGUUAUCUGAUAACAGUGAGUGACAAUGACUUGGCGACCUCCAUGGAAACUUCUGCUCGGAUGGCAAACUGUAGCCAGAGAGGCAAAACCUUGACCCGACCUAUCAUUUUGUGAUGGCAAGCUAUAGACAAAAAGGUGGUGAAACUUUGGCCUAAUUGAGUUUAUUGUUCUGUAUGCUUCCGUAGCAAAGCCUGCAUUAUCUGUUUGUAGAAUAUUCCAGAAGCUCUUUACCAUUCUUCAUGUGUAAAUGACAUCACUUUCCUUGUAAAGGUUAGAUGUGGUGCAAUGGGAUGAAACAAGCUAAUUCAAGGUUGUACAAAAUGUUCUUGAGAUUUAGAGUUCCAGCUAUUUCCAAGUUAAAGGAAUGAAAGACAAGUAGUUAUCACUUGGAGUACGAAGUUUAUAAUGGAUCUUUCAUCCUGAAGGCACAAGCUGAAGGGCUAUCAGUUAAGCAAGUGGUGGCAAUGUCUGUUAGCUAGUUUAAUGAUGCUCUAUAUGCAGUGGCUAAUGCCGGAAUACAUCAUUUAAGGCAUAUACGAAACUUCUUUUGUAGUUUGACUAGAUCAGGGCAUAUUUGGGACGUGUUUUUAUGUGUGGUUAAAUUGGAGCAUCUGAAGUAAAUUAAAUAUUUAAUUCUGAGACAUGAUCUGUUGUUUCUGCAAUAUCUGUCUAGAAACGUAACCAUUUUUCUUGGCUUCUAAUUUGUGAAUGUACCAGAUAAACAUUGCUGGCGAUGUCAUUCAGAAGUGUGUUAUAUGAUCACAUUCCGGUUGUGAUGACAAAUAGUUGCUUUCUUUGGGAUCGACCUCGGGAACCAUAAAGGUUGGGAACCAAAAAAUUGGAUAGAGCAAUCCACUAGAUUGGACCUUAGAGCAUGUUCUCCAGGUGAUACAAGGUUCAAAAUGGGAAAGUAUGCAGCAAGUUGGACGCGAGAUCAUCUUCUUCCAAGUUUCACCAUAACUGUGUUUCCAAAAGUAGUUUUGAGAAACCUGCGAAGCCCUUUAAAGAGCAGGGUAUUUGAAAAGAUGGCAUUUUUAAAGAAGCUUCAGGAUGAUUUGAAUGUUGAAUUUGAUUUUUCUACUGCAAUGUGGUGGGUAACUGAUAGAUGGCACAGUGUUAUCUAAGCAUAGUUCUUGAAGAUUGAGGCUCAUUGGCUAGCCGCUUUUCUUCUUCUCUGUGAAGAGGCCACCUAGUUAUGGUGGUUGUCAUUAAACCUGUAAUUAUUUCUUGAGGAGCAUGUUUACUCUCAGGAGAGAGAUUGGAAUAAGAAUUGAGAUUCUGAAGACCUGUCAACCUUCAUGCGGAGAAAAAUAAGGGUUAUCUCUUGUUACUGAAGUUGCUGUUCAAUGUUCGGAUGAGCUGGUUGUUUCUUAGACCCUAAAUUCCAAAAAUAAUUAUGAAGCUGGGUUGAAGUUUUUUCUAU